AUCUGGUUUUACGAUCCCUAGUAACGUCUCUUCUAGUGGGAUUUCAAGUAUAAAAGCAAAAAUUGCACUCGACAUUACCAACCAUUUACCACCAUCAUGCAAUCACUUGUAGUAAUUUUGGCCGUUGUUGGUGCCGCCGCCGCCGCCGCCCGCCUCGACAACCUGUACCUGCCCCCAUCUUCCGGGGGCUCCAGGUUCGGGGGCGGCGCCGUCGGAGGCGGCGGGGCCAAGUCUCCGGGGGCCGACAUUCCAAUUCUGAAAUUGGAAAAUGUGAACAACGGUGACGGUAGUUAUAACUGGGCUUACGAAACCGGGAAUGGAAUUGCGGCUGACGAAAGGGGACAAUUGAAAAAUGCAGGAUCGAAGAAUGAAGCCCAGUCUGCAAGUGGUUCGUUCACUUAUACCGCCCCCGAUGGUCAAAAAAUUACCGUUUUGUAUAUUGCUGAUGAAAAUGGUUUCCAACCGCAAGGGUCUCACUUGCCCACGCCGCCCCCAAUUCCGGAGGCUAUUCUCAAGUCGCUUCAGCAGAUUAAGGCUAGUGGGGGUGGAAGUGGAGGUGGGCAAUACAGUGUGCCAGCUGGGGCUGGGGCUUUGCCUCUUCAACCGACCCAAGGAGGGUACAGGUAUUAAGUGGAUUUGAAACGUGAUUUUUGAUGUAAAUAAUUGUGAGAUAAUGAGAAUAGUACAAUAUAGAUGAAUUUGACGAUUUA